AUGUCUCCUUCACAUUCACUCGGUCCUGCCGGUCCUGAUCCUGCCGACAGUUCAAGAAAGCGGGUUGCCUGCUCCUGGUCUGCAUGCCUGCACGGGAUCCGAAGAGCCGUGCCUUUCUGCGAUUUGCCUCCCCCGCGCGAAAAAACACCCCUAGGUGUGAACCGUUACGUGCUUCUGGUCAUUUACGUCCUAUACAUCACGUGCACAGGCGUCUUCUUCCACGGCUGGCCAUCCGUUGCGUCGUUGAUCUUCCGGAACAACGGCUUCCAAGAUUUGUGUGAUAAAGACCCCGAGACGGGGGAAUAUGUCGACGACCAGCGCACCUUGAAGGGCAAACCUUACAUCUGCGACAGACAAGACGCAUCCGUCCAAAGGCUGUACACAAUGACGUGGGCAAUCUGCAGCACCAUGUGCGCAUUUGCCGGUGCACUCUUGGAUUUCGCGGGGCCGCGCUGGACGGCGAUGGUCGGCCAGGUCUUCAAUUUUUCCGGCUGGAUCUGUUUGUCUUUCUCCUAUAAAAGCGACUUGUUUUACUACCUCGGCUUCACGACGGUUGCCCUGGGUUGUGAAACCGCGUUUCUGCCUACCUUUUGUAUCACGCGCCUCUUUCCAGGCGCCGGCGGGCUGGUUAUUACGGUUUUAGGGUCGGCGGUGUCGACCAGCUAUGCAGUGCCCGUCGUCCUCAACGCCAUCAUCGAUGCUUAUGGGUUUUCGUUCCAGUCCGUGGCGCUCGUCUACGCGUGUGCCUGUCCCCUCGUUUGCGCGUUUGUGGCGUGCUUCCUCAUGCCCCGUCGAGGCUUCCGAGAUGGCGAGAAGGCGUCCACAGGUGUUCAGGAGGCCGGUGUAAGUUUCGAAACAAAAUCGGAACAAGAGCGAACGGGCGAGGACGGAGGGAUUAGGUCCGGAGAAAACCCGGCGAUCGCGGGUCCGGAGACGCGGCCCACGCACGCGUGUACCGCGAAGAACGCAGAUAAGAUCGGUUCGGUCGCGCCCGAAACCUCGCUCGUCAGCGAAACGAGGGUGGAACAGGAUGCGUCGCCGACAACGGAUGCACCCGCCCACCUGGACAGCGACAGCCCAGACCAACAUGUGAACGAGGCGGACCCGGAGACGGUUGUGCAGUGGAGCCCAAAGGACGGUGGCAGGCGAGCGGCAUGCGCGCAGUGCUGCGGGCCGCGCCUCGAGCCGUUUUUCCACCAACUGCUGUCAGAGAGAUAUCUCCUCAUUGUGCUGUACAAAAUUGGCGUCGUAUUGGCGGCGUCCUACUUCCAGCAGGCAGCUCGUCGCGUUUUCAGUGAGCAGGUUGUCAACAUUCGCGCCAUUCUUCUGCCAUUCUCCUUCAUCCCCUGCAUCCUCCUAGGAAAGUUGGCUGACGCCGUCGGCAUCUGCCGUGUGCUCUUUCUUAUGAACUCGUUUGGUCUUUGCAUGUACGGUUUCUCGCUGUCGGCCACCGUGGUGUGCGGCUGUAUCUCAGUCGUCUGCUUCACGCUGUAUAUGAGCUUUUUCUCUAGCCAGAUUUUCGUCUACGUGGAGACCACGUUCUCGCCCAGUGACUUCGGGAAACUGUGCGGCCUGUCGGUAAUGAUGGGCGGCAUCGUCGGACUGCUGGCCAGUCCACUGUACGAGCACGUCACUGUGCAGCUGAGCAAAGGCGAUCCGUUUUCCAUGCAAAUCGUCAUGAUCAUGAUUCUUGUCAUCCAGCUCCUCUGGCUGGCCCGGCUGUACAGUCUGUGGCGGAAGAACCCGCAUCCGUACGUGUCUCUAGCCAUUCAGCCUCCUGAUCUCGAGAAGGUAGAUGCGCACAGCGUUAGCGGCAGCCAUCUGUGUCUCGACGGAACGAGCGAUGCUGGGGACCUCGCCCUGGAGAACGGUCGACAAGACAAACACGGCAGGACGGAGAAACAGAGAAGUCGCUAA